CAAUUCUUGUUGUCGCCGAGCUCCGUCCCGUUCCUUGGCCCCCCAUCACCAAGAAGCGCACGAGACCACCGCGGCGGCCCGCGCCAGGAGCUCGUGCCGCUACAGCCAGGCUCCGCGGCCGGUCGAUCGUCUUGGAAGGGCGCAAUCAAGAGAAUGGCGCCGCCGCAAGAAGAGGAGGAGGAGAGGAGCGGCGGCGGCGGGUGCUGCCUGUCGAGGUGGAUGCGGCGGGAGGUGCUGGUGGCGCUCGCGCUGGGGCAGCUCGUCUCGCUGCUCAUCACCUCCACCGGGUUCUCCUCCUCCGAGCUCGCCCGCCGAGGUAUCAAUGCCCCAACAUCACAGAACCUCUUGAACUACAUCCUUCUCGCUCUCAUCUACGGUGGAAUACUCCUCUACCGAAGACAGCCACUCACGACAAAAUGGUAUUACUACUUGAUCCUUGGCAUAUUUGAUGUGGAGGCUAAUUAUAUCGUUGUGAAGUCUUAUCAAUACACAUCUUUGACGAGUGUGAUGCUUCUGGAUUGUUGGUCGAUUCCAUGUGUGAUAGUCCUCACUUGGAUCUUUCUCAAGACAAAAUAUGGACUCAGGAAGUUCAUAGGAGUUGGAGUUUGUGUGGCCGGACUUAUAUUGGUAGUAUUUUCAGACGUUCAUGCAUCUGAUCGAUCUAAAGGACCCAAUCCUUUGAAGGGCGAUUUGCUUGUAAUUUUUGGCUCCAUGCUUUAUGCAUGCUGUAAUGUUACUGAGGAGUAUCUGGUCAAGAACAACAACAGAAUUGAGUUGAUGGCAAUGCUGGGAGUUUUUGGAGCAGUUAUCAGUGGUAUACAGAUAAGUAUUCUUGAGCGAGAAGAACUUCAUUCGAUUAAAUGGAAUGCUGGUGCGGUACUCCCUUUUCUCGGAUUCGCAUUAGCAAUGUUCCUUUUCUACUCAACUGUACCUACGGUGCUGAAGAUAUGUGGGGCAACCAUGCUAAACCUAUCGCUCCUGACUUCAGACAUGUGGGCUGUCCUAAUCCGCAUCUUCGCCUACCAUGAGAAGGUCGACUGGAUGUACUUUGUUGCGUUUGCCGGCACGGCGGGGGGCCUUCUGAUCUACUCCUACAAGAGCUCCAAGGAGGCGCAGGUCACCGGGGCUGGCGACGAGGAGGCUGGAGUGCGGAACCCGGCGUCCGACUCUGGUGCCAGCAAUGACAGCCUGAUCUCUGACAAGGGAUUGCUAUCGAAUGUCGGCACCUCCAGGAAAUAGGCAAUAGGCGGAUAUGAUAAGCAGAUAUAUGCAUACGAAAAUAGGCAGCUGUAACGAUUUUUCAGUGAGGGAACUCUUAUCUGCAGGAGAAAAAGAAAAACUUUUCUGUUCGUGAUAGGGGUCUUUCUGUUCUUUUCGAAAGGUUUGAGUUUGAUAUUAUUUUUUCAAGAUCUGAUGCUUGGGCAAUAUUUUCUAACAACAGAGAUCUAAGCUAGGGUAAUACAUAUACAUUUCGUGUAUAACUGAGAUCAAGUGGUUGAUUUGGCCCUAAACUGAACCGUUCUGAGGUGAGAGAAAUGGUACUGGCUGUUGCUGAUACUUGUAUUUA